AUGCCGGCUCUCUCGAGAUCGCGGGCCACGCCGUCAUCUUUGCAUUCCCAGAAGAGUCAUGUGUUCAAGACCCCUGUAGCCAAGGGUAAGUUGAAGAGGGUUUUCGACGAGGAGGAUGAGCCCGACCUGGGUGGCUAUGGCUCGCCAGAAGAGGACUUUAAGCCGAGGAAGACCAGCAUGAGCGAUGCCAUGAAAUCGUCGCCUGUGAAGAGGACCGGCGAUCGCGAUGAAAGGGGACCUCUGGAGAAACUCACAUCUUUGCUUGAGGAUAUCUUCGAAGCUGAGGACACCUUGCCCGCUGAUGCGGACCUCGAAUCUCUAUCCACCGAGUUCUUUUCUCUGCUCACCGUGGAGCCCGCUCGACCACAGCUACAUCACAACAUAAUCCGCAAACUCACAAAAUACAUUGGCCAGGUGACGCGUCCGAUGAAGCGGCUACGCGGGCAUGGCGGUUCCGUUAACACGCCUCGCGCGCGUGGCCCUGGCAGUAUAGCUGACAUUGAAACAUCGACGCUUUCGCGCAUAUUGAAGAUGCUCGAGCGCAGCGUACGCCUCGGCGAGGACCUCGAUCCUUUCCGUAGCAGCGAGGUCGAGGCUCCGCGCGGUGUGAGCAUGUCGCCGAGCAAGAGGAAGAACGCAAAGGCAAAAAAAGCGCUUUCGCAGACCGAGCGGCGCUCAAAGUCGCAUACUCCAGUGGGUGGUGAGGAUGAGCAGGAAGAGACCAUGAAGGAUGCCGACCCGCCGGUGCAUGAAAUAACCGAAGCCGAUCUGGACAGCCUUGCUCGGGCACUGGAUGUUGCACGGGACAGUAUUCUCGCCGCAGACUGCUGCAUCGCGUUGCUCGGAAGCGAUCGAUUGACGAAGCAGGUUUAUUCGGAGGAGCUGAUCACUGUGUGUCUCUCCGCGAUCAAAAACCAACUAAGCAAGAUCAUCUAUCCGUUCGUUGAGGCUUUUACAGACGGGAAUUUAUCUGGCCUCCUCCACUAUGUCGUCAAAGCCGGUUCUCACGAUGCCAAGGGCUAUCGACGGCAGCUUGCGGAGGUAUUCCAAGCGAUUUCGUCUGUGCUGCCUAGGAUCAACAAUCUCGUGUGUGCGGAUACAGUGGUCAUGUCCGACUCGAUCAUCAUCCAGGCGGUAUAUAUCGCCAUCGGUCCGUUCUUUGUCGUCGAGUCAGAAAGUGAGGGAAAGGGGAGAAAGGACAAUGUCGUCGUGAGCACGUUGGGUCAGAGCGCGAUGCGAGGACUGAGGCUAGAUGCGUUGUCGCUCAUUCGAAGUAUCUUUGCCAACCAUGAAGAUCAGCGCUCGUGGAUUAUCGAGGAGAUCUUAGGGUCUUUAAUCAGACUCUCAGAUACGAAACAGAAGGCAGGGCAAUUUCGGUUGCGAGAUGGUCGUUCAAUACGUACCGUCUCUGCACUAUUACUGCAGUUGGUUCAGACUUCGGCGCAUGGUGUCCGGAUAGAGGCACGUAGGUUUGGCAAGGCACGUCAACAGACGCUUGCUCUCCGUCGUCAAGACAGCAUGGUCGAAAAGGCAGAAGAACCGUUCUUGGACGACAAGGACAUGGGGGAAAUUCAACUAUACAUCUCUGGCCUGGAGUCGGCAAUGAAGGCAGCAAAGACGAUUGUGAUUUUCUUGACGCAACGGUCGGGCAAGGGCAAGGCUACCAAAAACUCGAACGAGUCCGAAUACCGUGCCAUCUUUGAUAAUUUAGUUUCGGAUCUUCUAGUAGUCCUCUUUUGGCCAGAAUGGCCAGCUGCAAGUUUAGUGUUGAGCAUCGUCUGCAGAUUCAUGGUCUCAUCUUUGGACGACGUGAAAUCUACAAAUCAAGCCGAUAACAACGCUGCCAAGACGAUCGCACUUGAUCACCUCGGCGUCAUCGCUGCUCGGCUACGCUCCAGUUCUCUCAAGUUCAAGCAAAUAGAAAAUGGUUCUGAUUCUCCGGCCUUGAGGCCCUUGGACGAGGUUCUGUCAAAUGCGAACAUGAAACAACUGGAGCGACUUAUUGCAGCUCACCAGGAAGUGGUGACACAUCUCUCAAAACGAUCCUCCGAGGAUCAAGCAUACGAGGCAAGUAGUGCCAGGGAGCUCACGGCCGUCACUUGGGGUCAAGAAUUGGCUUUUGCUCUCAAACAAUUCAAUGCAAACCUGGCAGAUGAUGGCGAUGACCUCGAUCUCAUCAAGUCUAGUCAACCCAAGGCACUCCGUAUUGGCAAUAAGAUCAAGGCUGCAUUGAGAGACAUGUGGAAGGACGCCGCUACUGAUGUAUUCGACAUAAGCUCUCAGGACGAUGUGACGCAUGUGGAUCGUCUGGCUGAAGAAAUAGGAAUUAUUCAGGAUUUGAAGAACUCAUACCAUCCAAUCUUGAAUGUCAUCCUGCUCGCUCUGGAUGCACCGCCAGUUUUCAUGCGUACAAAAGCCUUGAGAGCGCUCGGUCAAAUCGUUACGAGUGAUCCUACAAUUCUAUCGACUCCCAAUGUCCGCCGUGGAAUUGAGAGCCAUCUGCUUGACAGCUCCCCAGCUGUGCGCGAUGCUGCUGUCGAGCUCAUUGGAAAGUACAUGAUCGACUCGCCCGAAGUAGCGGGCAACUACUUCCAGAAGAUCGCAGAUCGUAUCGCAGACACCGGACUGGGAGUUCGCAAGCGCGUCAUAAAAUUACUCAAAUCUUAUUACGGCGUCAUCGACGACAGCGAACAUCGUACAGAUAUCUGCACCAGACUGGUGAUGCGGAUGUUCGACGAGGAUGAUACCGUCAAGGAUCUGGCAGUUAAGACGAUCGAAGAACUUUGGUUCCAAAGCCCUGUUUCCGCUAUGUCAUUGCAACGAUCGCAAGCUGCUGCUGCUCCCAUCAAUUCGGCUGACAAAACUCAGCUACUGGCGAAGGUUUCGAUCAUCAUGGGUGUAUCAGGACAUUUCAAAGAUCGACAGUCGCCUCUAGAAGAUGUGUUGCACAAGAUCAUGGCCGAUAAAGAAGGCGCGGAGGCGAAUGCCCUUCAUGUACGUUAUGCUGAAAUCUGUGAGGCAUUAAUCGACGGCCUUGUGGAUGCGUCAGAACUUCCAGGCUUUACCGUGAUCAAUUGUAUCAGGACUAUCUAUCUCUUUGCGACGGCGUACCCGACUGUGCUCUCGGGGUCCCAUGCGUCAACAUUGUUGCCGUACUUAAAAAACUCUUCAACGCCUGAAGAGCAGGUGACAUCAGACUACCUGCUUAAGAUCUUCCGUGUCUCUAUUCCGAACAUGCCGAAAACAGCCGCCAAAUUCGGACAGGAACUUCAGCUGGCAUUGCAGCCAAUGAUUUUGAGGCCUUCGACGACGGGCGGGGUUCAGGCAUUGCAAGAGACUGUGGCCUGCAUGUGUGCCGUAGUCCAAAACCUGACUCAUGAUUUCACCCGUCUGGUGGCUUUGUUGAAAUCAUGCAACCUUCGCCUGCAACAAGCGAUUGCACGUUCCUCGACCCAAUCUAUGGCACCUACCGACGCGCGAGCCCUCUCGAUUCUCAUUUUCAUCGUGUCCCUUUUAGCGGAGCACUGUGACUUCGACCACUUAAGAAGCGGAAAUCAAGAACUGGCUCCUGACUUGGACGCUAUAUCAAAGGGGUCCAUCAUCGUCCACAUCUAUCACAGUCUACUGAAGCUGUAUCACAAGCAUAGUGAGGCAGGUCUGCGAGGACGCAUUCUUCAAUGCCUUGGCUUCCUCUUCAGGUCUCAGCCCACCUUGAUGACUCUGGAUUCGUCUGCUGUGAUCAUGGACGCCAUUUUCGCAUCGCCAGAAGAUGAGAGUCGUGGACGGUUACUCAAGAUACUGCAAGAUUUCUUGGUAUCUGAGGCGUCAAAGCAUGCUGCAAAGGAAAAGAAGAGCGCAAGACCAAAGUCGGCUGCCACCGAUGUCAAUAUGGAGGAACUAGUCGGGAAUACCGAUGGUUUUGCUGACUCAGGGGUGAGCUCCGCGGUGGUUCAAAGAUAUCUUGAUCCCAUAUUGCAAGCUGCACUAUCAACACACGCACAGACCCAAGCCGCCGCCGUGGAUAUCUUGAGCUUCACUAUCAAACAAGGUCUUGCACAUCCUCUACAGUCCUUCCCUGUGAUUAUAGCUCUGGAGACCAGUCCAAAUGCUGCAUUGAGUGGAAGAGCCAGCGCUUUGCAUGCCAUAUUGCAUAGCAAACAUGCAUCACUCCUCAAUUCUCGAUACACUAUAAGUGCUCGAUCUUCUUUUGAUUACCAGAAGACACUCAUGCAAGGUCAUGUCCAAGGAUAUCGCGUACAAAACGUCCCGACUGCCUUGCUUCAACGCUGGUACUCACUCGUUCGAGAGAAGCGUGCCUCGAAGCUAGAUUUUCUGAAGUCACUCGUGCGAGUGUUUGACAUGAACACUUCUCUAUCGAGCACUCAAGAUGACAUCGACUUCGCUCGGUAUAUGGUGGAGAACUUUGCCACCUUCGACUACAAGUCUCAAGAAGAGGUGCUUAUGGUCGUGAAAAAUCUUAUUGCCGUAUUAUCGACGGCUGGCAUGCAAUUGAUGGAGUCAUUAUCACCGUCACAUCUACUCACUCAGCUGCAUGAGCCCGUACAUCCGAAUCCUGGAGACAUAGAGAUGUCUGACGCUCAGGUCCAACCGGGGGACCUGAUCCCGCCAAACGGAGCCUCAAAUCCUUCGUGGCAAUCGCUUGACAAAUUGCCACUGCUCCGUUGCUCCGUCGUUAUCGCUAUGAUCAUGCUCUUGAAGGGUCAUCUCAAGACUUUAUAUGGUCUCUCAGAAGAAAAAUGCUUGAAAUGGGUCAUCGGCAAGAAGAAUGCAAUGGGCGACAAGCCUGCUAACAGACGUUACAAUAAUCUGCUCUCGUGGGACCGUAUACCUUUCGCGACAGCACCGCUGCUGACCACACAAGAUAUAGCUAGUCAGCGGAAUACAUUCCUCGAAAUCUGGAAUGAAGAUGGUGUCACGGUUGACCCUGAAGAUGACAUGGACUAA